AAUUUACCUAGCCAUGUCUGUGAGGAAGAAGCAGAAGACGAAGAAGAAGAAGCAGAAGAAGAAGAAGAAGCAGAAGAAGAAGCAGCAGAAGAAGAAGAAGAAGAAAAAACAAGACUUGACUGCAGUAUAAAACCCUAAAGAGCUCAUGGCGGACCACGGUAUCAGAAUGGGGGAUAAGGUGCUGUUGGUUUGGGCUCAGCCCUCAUCACCUACCACCUUAAAACAGUUAGUAGAGGAUCUUCAUGCCAUUGUUGGUGCAAAGGGCAGAGUGUCAGUGGAAAACAUGGAAAUGCUGCUGUUGUCCUCCCAUGCUCCAUCCGCAUUCGAUUGGGUGCUCUCUUGUCUUCUUUCGGACAGCUUUUCUAUCCACAAUUCAGAGACUCUGGCAGAGAUGGCCAGAGUCCUCAAACCCGGCGGGAAGGUCGUUCUGGAUGAAGCCGUUACAGGGGUUGAUGCGCAGAGUGUGAGGACUGCUGAGAAGCUGACGUCCGCUCUGAAGUUAUCAGGGUUUAUGUCAGUGACAGAGGUCAGUAACACAAAACUGAGUUCAGAGGCUUUCAAGUCCCUCAAGACAGCUACGGGUUACCAAGAAAACACGCUGUCAAGAGUACGCUUAUGUGCAGCCAAACCAAAUUUUGAGGUGGGAUCAUCCACUUCAAUCAAGUUGUCAUCUGGGAAAAUGACUCCUCAGCCAGCAGCGAAAUUAGCUCUGGAUCCAAACACAAUCAAAAUGUGGACGCUGUCAGCCAACGACAUGAAUGACGACGAUGUGGACCUAGUGGACUCUGAUGCUCUGCUUGAUGAAGAAGAUUUGAAGAAGCCAGAGCCAGUGUCUCUUAAAGCUCCCAGCUGUGGGACCCAAGCAAGCAAGAAGAAGAAAGCCUGCACCAACUGCACAUGUGGCCUUGCAGAGGAAAUGGAGGAGAGUCAAGGACAACAGAAGACAAUUCUUCCCAAGUCUGCCUGUGGAAGUUGUUACCUUGGGGACGCAUUUCGAUGUGCCAGCUGUCCGUACGUGGGGAUGCCAGCAUUCAAACCGGGAGAGAAGAUUGCGUUGGAAAGCAGCACACUGACCGAUGCUUGAAACUCCAAUUGUCACACAUCCAACUUAACACUUCAAUAUCGUUUCAAUGUAUCACAACACCCCCCCCCCCCACCCCCACCCCUCCCUCCAACCACCUGGUUCGCUUCUCAACUUGACAGAAAGCUGUUAAGUGGCCCAUUGCUUGUUGAAACCGUGCCAUGUUUUGGUUUGUUCCAACUGAACUCACUUUUGUUCUUUCUUCAGUGCUCUAAACAAAUCGGAUGACAAUGUUUUGCCCGUUCAUUUGUGCAAAUCAUGUUGAGUUGGGUGGAGGAUCUAUAAAAGGCCAAAAGGGAAAAUGUUUUUGCAGUCGACAGCAUUCAGAACUCCGAUGUCUACAAGUGUGCAGCAAAUAAACACUUUACCGUCUAAA